AUGGAAUUAUCCGGUAUGGACAGGUUUUGUGGAUCGACUUUUUGGGACUGGAACUUGUCCUGGAAUACCACUGAUCCUGAUGUCACGCCAUGUUUUGAAAAGACCUUUCUAGUCUGGACACCUUGUCUAUUUCUGUGGCUAUUCUCUCCACUAGAGAUAUAUUACUUGGUGAAUAGUAAAUACAGGGACAUACCAUGGAACUGGUUCAAUAUGGGGAAAGUGGCUGGUGUAUCUAUAUUAUGUAUCAUAUCAUUUAUUGAUAUUGUAUAUGCAAUAAUUCGAUAUUCGUCAGGGAUGGAUGUAUUUAGUGUAGAUAUCUAUACACCACUUGUAAAACUAAUAACACUUGGAUUUGUCACAAUUUUGAUUUGUGCCAAUCGAGCUAGAGGGUUAAGAUCAUCUGGGUUAAUAUUUCUAUUUUGGUUAUCUUUGGCAUUUUUCGGGAUGGUUCAAUAUCGAACGGAACUACGAUUAUCAUUUAAUGAUGUUCCAUUAAAUAAUUAUCCAUUUAUAAGUUACAUGGUAUACUACCCUAUUAUCUUAAUAGAGUUUGUUCUAAGUUUCUUUGCCGAUGCUGAACCUAGGCUAUCUGACUAUGGCUACGUCCAGGUACCGUGUCCUGAGAUGAAAGCAUCAUUCCCAUCGAAGGUAUUAUUUUUAUGGUUUGACUCAUUUGCUUGGUCUGGUUAUAAACGCCCAAUAGAGGGCUACGAUUUAUGGAAUAUGAACUAUGACGAUAGUUCACAAGAAAUAGUACGAGUUUUUGAUAAACAUUGGGAACGGUCAUUAGUUAAAUCGAAAUUACAAGCUAGUAAAAACGUAAAUUCCGUUAAAAAUAAAUCUGAUGGGAGUGGAAUUGAAUUAUCACCUGCAAAAUAUUCACUUAAAAACCAAUACAAAGUAUCAAUUCUUCCUGUUUUGUGUAAAUCAUUUGGUAGUACAUUUUUGUUUGGAUCAUUUUUAAAAUUAACUGUGGAUAGUUUAACGUUUGUCAGUCCUCAAGUACUUAAGUACUUGAUAAGUUUUGUUGGAAAUUCGACUGAUCCCUUAUGGAGAGGAUAUUUUUAUAUUUUUCUCUUGAUGAUGACAGCGGUGUUGCAAACGUUAAUAUUAUCUCAGUACUUUCAUCGUAUGUUUCUCGUUGGUAUGCGUGUUCGAACUGCACUUACUUCUGCCAUCUAUCGGAAGGCUUUAAGAAUUUCAAAUACAGCAAGAAAAUCAUUCACAACGGGUGAAAUAGUUAAUUUAAUGGCAGUAGACGCUCAUAGAUUUAUUGAUCUGAUAACUUAUUUGAAUAUGAUUUGGUCUGCACCAUUUCAAAUUGUUCUCACAGUGUACUUUUUGUGGCAGAUAUUAGGACCCAGUGUACUUUCUGGGUUAUUUGUGAUGAUAGUAUUAAUACCAAUAAACGCUGCUGUGGCUAAUAAAUCAAAAAAUCUUCAGGUCCAACAAAUGAAAAACAAAGAUCAAAGAGCUAAAUUAAUGAAUGAAAUUCUGUCUGGAAUAAAAGUUCUAAAACUAUACGCUUGGGAACCAUGUUUUGAACAAAAAGUGUUGGAUAUUCGACUAAAAGAAAUCAAAGUUCUUCGGAGUGCAGCUUAUUUGAGUGCAGUUACUUCAUUUGUUUGGUUUUGUGCUCCAUUCCUGGUAUCAUUAGUAACUUUUGCAGUUUAUGUAUUAUCCGACGAUAGCCAUGUAUUAGAUGCAGAGACAGCUUUUGUUUCAUUAUCUUUAUUCAACAUUUUACGUUUUCCAUUAUCUAUGUUACCAAUGUUGGUGUCAAAUGUAGUUCAAUCAAGUGUAUCUGUAAAGCGAAUAAAUAAGUUUAUGAACUCCGAAGAGUUGGAUCCAGAUUCCGUCACCCAUGAUUCUGAUGAAAAGGAUCCUCUUGUAAUUGAAAACGGUACAUUCACUUGGGGUGAACCAACUGAUGCACCAACAUUAUCAAACAUAAACUUACGAGUUUCAUCUGGACAAUUGGUUGCUGUAGUGGGUACUGUUGGUUCUGGGAAGAGUUCUUUAGUAUCAGCUUUUCUCGGUGAACUGGAAAAAGUUUCCGGUAGAGUGAACACUAAAGGAUCUAUAUCAUAUGUACCACAGCAAGCUUGGAUACAAAAUACCUCACUUAAGGAUAAUAUAUUGUUUGGUCAAUCAUUUAAUGAUAGAGUUUAUAAAAAUGUCAUUGAUGCAUGUGCAUUGAAAGCUGACUUCCAAAUGCUUCCAGCAGGUGACGACACAGAAAUUGGUGAAAAGGGAAUCAAUUUAAGUGGAGGCCAAAAACAAAGAGUAAGUUUGGCAAGAGCAGUUUAUAAAGAGAGUGACAUCUAUUUUUUGGACGACCCAUUAAGUGCUGUAGAUUCACAUGUCGGCAAACAUAUUUUUGAACACGUUAUUGGACCUACAGGAUUGUUGCGAAAAAAAACACGAAUUUUGGUUACUCAUGGUAUAACUUAUCUCAGAGAUGUUGAUUUAAUUGUGGUAAUGAAAGAUGGUCAAGUAUCAGAGUCAGGCACAUAUAAAGAAUUGUUAGACAAAACAGGAGAUUUUGCUGAUUUCUUAUUAUCGCACAUGCAGGAAGAAAGUGAAAAUGAAAUUGAUGAAAUAGAAAUGAAUAAGUUAUUAGAAGAUGCACCUGCAGAUUUAAAAGAAAAAUAUGUUCGCCAGCGAAGUGAAACGAACUCAAAUUCUUCAAUGCAAAGGCAAAUAUCUAUUGAUUCAAAUAAACCAAUUCCUCGACCUAUAGUGAAACAAAACACCAAGCUCAUUGAAUUAGAGAAAGUACAAACCGGAAAUGUCAAAUGGGAUAUUUACAUUCAGUAUAUUAAGUCAAUUGGACCUAUUUUUUGCAUAUCUUCAGUUUUACUAACUUGUCUUUACCAAGGAUUUUCUAUUUCAUCGAACAUCUGGCUAUCAAUAUGGUCUAAUGAUGAUAGUUCGCUUACUGGUGAAACAAAAAAUGAUAACAAUAAGUUUAUGCACUUAACAGUUUACGGACUACUUGGAAUUGGCCAAAGUAAGUUUGAACAUUUCAAUUUCAUAAACUUUGGAUUUCAUUUUAACUGA